ACGUAGCGACGACGACGUCGACGAGGACGAGGACGAGGACGAAGCGGCGGCCGAAGAUCGCCGAGCGGACGGCUACGCGGAGAGACUACGGCUGGCAUGGUGUGGGCCGCAGCACGGCCACAGUGUUCCAAAAGUCGGCACCACGCACGAAUCGUGUUACGCGCGACGCAGAGCCACCAAGCUGCGUCGUCGAAUCGCGCUCGGCUGGCCUCCGAUCGAGUGCUCCGUCGAGCGCAGCCAGGGAACGCGAGUAACCAACAGCUGGCUGCUGUCCGAUUAGAGAUCGAUCGAAUCGACGACGACGACGACGACGACGAGGAGGGCCGGAAAACUCGAGGCUCCGUUUGCGUAGAAUCGUCAGCUACGAAGACGACGACGACGACGUCUUAUCGUUGUAGAAGAUCGUGACACGUGAACGAACAGAAGCAGUGCCGUGGGCAAACGAUAAACCGCGAGUGAUCAUAGUACUCGAAUUGCCAAUGAGAAGCAGCGCUAGCUCGAACGAAGACAAGCCGAGACGACGGGGGAUCCAAAAGGAGUUGGUCGGCGAAAGGGACCUCGAUACGAUCGACAGGAUACUCGUGGAUCUUGGAACCCUGGCGAUUUAUGGGGGACUUUAGCGCGACCAGCCUCUUCUCCAAUAAUUUGUCCAGCACGACGAAAUCUUCGAUCGGUAGCAAUACCGCGAGUCCCGGUGUAACCGUAACGACAUCAACGAUGCAGGACGAUCUGUUGAUCGAGAAACAAGCCAGCGGCAAAGCAGCGCCGCUAUCGCCCAGUACCGGCCUGGAGGCCGUCGCUGGACUAGAAAAAGCGAAAGACGCGGUCGAGGUCGAGAGUAUCGCUAUCACGCCGACGACGCCCUCCUCUACGGAGAAGGAGAUCGUCUGCAGCACCAGCUCGGCGCUUCAGAGUUUUUCCGAAGCGGCCAGAGUGCCGAGCUUGUGGUCAUCCGCUCCGGACGACACCGGUCUUCACGCGUUACCGGUCAACGGAUCCAUCGCAGCGUUUCAGAACUUUCCGACCGGUGGUCCGACCGGAUUGUUCGCUGGUACCGGUCCAACCGUCUCGGCUGGUACGCGCCGCGCUAUCACAGCUAGUCACAAUUUCCCGCAACAGCACGGUAACGCGACCGCUGCAACUACGAGACACGGACUUCAGGUCUCGUCCGCUCAACAACAGCAACAGCAGCAGCAGCAGCAACAACAACAGCAGCAGCAGCAGCAGCAGCAACCGCCGCAACAACAACAGCAACAGCAGCAACAGCAGCAUCAACAACAACCUACGGCCACCUCGCAUCCGGGAGUUUAUCUACCUGGCAAAGGUUACGCGGCUUGGUCCGGUGGCCCGCAAGCGCCUCAACAAUGGAGCGCUGGGCCGCAAGCUGCGGCGGUUGCGAGUCCCGGCCUUUCGCCCUGGAAUCGCGGCAGAUCGGUACCGAAUCUUCCUCCCCUGCACUCGUCCCUGCACGCCGCUGCUGCGGUCGCGGCAGCUGCCGGGCUGCAGGGCAGGAAACCGAGUCCUACGUUUCCCGGUCAUCCGGGACCAGCGGCUCAUCCCUCCUGCAUCAGCCCGGUGAAAUUUCGAAGAAGCACCUCGUAUCCCGGAAAAGGCAACAUGUAUCCGCCUCAACCUGCGCCAACCUUCGAAGUUACCACCGCCGAGGACAGAGAUUUGCUACAGCUGCCGCCGUUUCAGCAGGAUCGUAUGACGACAAAUGGAAAUUCACCGUUGGACAGUAUGAGGACGUUGGAGCAUUACUUGAGCGAUAUCAUGCGAGGUACAGCGGAUACCUCUGAACACGUGAAAGGAUACAUAAGUUGCAAUGCCAGCACGCUGCAAUCGCUCGCGCAACUACACGGCAAAUCGCCGUUCUUUCCAAGUCUGGAGGAUCAAAGCGGCACGCUGCUAGAAGAUCCGAAUGCUGCGAGUCAGCUCGAUGGCGUCGGAGUUGGCGUCGGUGUUGGAGUCGGAGUCGGCGUUGGAGUUGGUGUCGGUGUCGGCGUCGGGGUUGGAGUCGGCGUCGGUAGCGGCAUAACCGGCUCUCAAACCGCACCGCUUUCCUCCCCGAGUCGAAGCAGUCCUCACAGUCAAGGUAGCGAGACCGGAGAACGCUUCUCUAGGAAGGUGUUCGUCGGUGGUCUGCCACCGGACAUCGACGAAGAGGAAAUCAAAGCCAGUUUCCGUCGUUUCGGAUCGUUGGUCGUCGACUGGCCCCACAAAGCGGAGAGCAAAUCCUACUUUCCACCGAAGGGCUACGCUUUCUUGCUUUUCCAGGACGAAGCGUCCGUGCAACAGUUGAUCGACGCGUGCAUUCAAGACGAGGAGAAAUUGUAUCUAUGCGUGAGCUCGCCAACGACCAAAGACAAGCCGGUGCAAAUUCGACCGUGGCGAUUGAGCGACGCGGAUUUCGUGCUGGACGCUUCGAUGCCGCUGGAUCCACGAAAGACGGUGUUCGUCGGUGGCGUUCCACGGCCGUUGAAAGCCGUCGAGUUGGCGAUGAUCAUGGAUCGACUUUACGGAGGCGUUUGUUACGCCGGUAUCGAUACCGAUCCCGAGCUCAAGUAUCCGAAAGGAGCCGGCAGGGUCGCUUUCAGUAAUCAACAAAGCUACAUAGCUGCCAUAUCGGCGAGAUUCGUUCAGUUACAACACGGCGACAUAGACAAAAGAGUCGAAGUCAAACCGUACGUUCUGGACGAUCAAAUGUGCGAUGAGUGUCAGGGACAACGUUGCGGUGGCAAAUUUGCGCCGUUUUUCUGCGCAAACGUUACCUGCCUACAGUACUAUUGCGAGCACUGCUGGGCGACGAUUCACUCGCGACCAGGUCGCGAGUUCCACAAGCCGUUGGUGAAGGAGGGUGCGGAUCGACCUCGGGCCGUGCCGUACCGCUGGUGUUAACCCCAGCUGCGUUGUCCCUAAUUAUCUCGCAACCCUAGCUAAUUAACUACCACUUCUACGUACCAACUUCUCCUCCCCCCCUACGAGAACCUUCUACCGCCCGCCGCCACCCACCCUUCCAUUCAUUCAACCUCCCCCGGCCCGUCCGACACUUCGUCUCACCCUUGCUCACAUACCUACCUGCAUCGAAACACAGCCCGAAAACCGUUAUUAUCGCUACUACCCACUGAUCGUCGGUACUAUCGCUAUUCUACUACUAUCGCUAUUAUCGCUAUUGCUGUUACCGCUCUAUCGCAAUCACCACCAUUACUAUUCCACUAUGAGUUACCUUUGCUCUGCUAUCCACCGCUACAUGGACGUGUUUACCGGUUACACGGCGAACAAAUCAGUCGCCUUCACCACCGUCACGGCCAUUACUAUCACCACACAUCCACUACCACCACCACCACCACCACCACCACCACCAUUAUUACCACCACUACCACCACCACCGCCGUCACCACCGCCGCCGCCACCGCCGCCGCCGCCAUCGUCUUCUGCCAACCGAUGCGUCUCGACGUUACCUUUUCGCACCGACGACCACUUCGAUCUUUCAUCUCCGAGUUUGUAUGUGUGACACUCAGCGCACCAACGAUUCACCACGGGGAAACGAUUUAGCAGCGGAGGAGGAAGACUCGUCGUCGAUUCGUCGGUGCGUCGGUAAUACACAGAGUGCUGCGCGCUAGUUCCGCUUUAUAACAAACGAACGAGUCGAGGCCAAGAAGGAACAACGGACCGUCGCCAUAAACACCUUUCGUCCGACCGAGAUGGAACAUGCGUUAGUUACCGAUAUCGAUAUCGACAUAUAUAUAUAUACACACACAUAUAUAUAUAUACACACACACAUACACAUACACACACACACAUAUAUACAUAUAUACAUAUAUACAUAUAUGUGUACGUAUGUAUAUAUAUAUAUGUCGAUAUACACACACACACCACACACACACACACACACAUAUAUAUAUAAGUUACGAAUGUGCGUAGGCGGCCAUAAUUAAAAGCUCUCUCGUACGGAGCACACGUUGGACGCGUCCGAUGAGAGGUUUCAAUCGUUGUUCGCGCUCGCGGAUCGUCUCUUCCCAUUACCGGUUGUCAGACGGGAAGAUUCGUUCCAGGUGUUCCUCUUCCUCUCCUUGCCUGUUCGCUCGUUCCUUUUCUCGUAGCGCGUCGGCCAAAGACGGACGACGGAUCUCCUCGUCGAUCGAUCGCGCGUCGGGCAGAGGCGCGGAAGCUACCACGAGGAACAUCGUUCUCCGUUGUCCACCGAUUGUCUAUCCGUUUUUCGCGAGUCGCUCGGAAGAAACGGAAUCUUUCGCGCGACGAACGUGCGCUUUCCUCCUUGUUGACAUUUUCCUCCUUCUUCUUCUUCUUCUUCUUCUUCUACUUGCUCCACCUCCUCCUUUUGCGAUCUCGCUUGUUCUUUCUCGUCGAACAGGCCAAGGCAACGAAAGGAAAUCGGAGAACGAGAGGAACGGAGCGCCGUACCGGGCCGAUUGUCCCUUUCUUUCGUCGAGCGUUCUGUGCCACCUCGAGAAAUCGAUCGAGGUAGCCAAAAGGCAGCUUGCCCUCUCCUCGAUGGAAGGAUGCGACCGUCGCUUCGAACCUGACCCGAGAGAGGUGUACGAAAAUAUAUAAGGAACGUACGAGUGUGAACGUGAAUCGAAACGGUAAGAGGUGAUAGCGAGUACCUGAUUCGACGUGAAACCGCGAGGAUUAAGAUUGAUGGAACGCGAGCACGAGAGAGCAAAAGAUCGAGACGGAAGCGAGUAAAGGAAACGAUUGGAAAGAAUCGGAAGAGCGUGUAUGCCUGUGUGAAUGAACGAGGAAGAGGAGAUGCGGAUGGAAAGAUGAGACGGCAGAGCGACGGAAAGAGUUAGAAAAAAUGGUCGAUACUCGCGAGCUGGUAGAUAAACGCGGAAGAGUGAUAUAAAUAUAAAGACGCAAACGUUUAAAAAUGAGCCAUUCGCGUUGGACAUUGAAUAGGUAAUGAAAAACCAACCACGCUUCGAAUCGCUGUGUGUCAGAUAAUUAUCUGUUUCACACGGUCUUUAGCUUUUAAGAACUUAUUAAAUGUUACAUAGGUGCGUUAUAUAUAUAUAUAUAUAUAUACAUAUAAUAUACAUAUAAUAUAUACAUAUAUAUAUAUAUAUAUAUAUAUACGUUAUAUAUCUGUAUGUAUAUAUAACAUACAUAUAUAUAUAUACACAUGCGUUUCCCGCGUGAAAAACGUGACGUUGCGCUCGUAGACAAAAUAUUUGAGUAAAAUAAACGAUUUUUUACUAAUUAACUUAUUUGAAUGGAAAAAGUAAGUAGCAAAAAGUAUCAUGGGAUAGAAAAUAGAGGAAUAACCGAAAGAAAGUGAGACGGAGGUGAGAAAAUACGCCGAGAGUCAAUGGAAGCAAGAACGAAAGUGUAAGAAAAAGAAUAGAAUGCGUGCGCGUUUGCCUGAGUGUGUGCGUGCGUGCGUGCGUGCGUGCGUGCGUGCGUGAAGGAGAGAUUGCGAAAAAGAGACGAAAUAAGAAGGAGGAGGAAGGAUAAACAGGGGGCUUGGGAGAGCAAAGUAGAGAAAUGGAAUUCGAAACGGACGUUGAAAAGACGAUAGUCCGAUUUACUUAACGCGCGAUCGCGCGUUGAGUUUGCUUAACCGUACCAGAUCCUCAGCCAAUAUACGAAACCUUAACCGAGCGACCCUUCCGAAAAUGUCUCGAACGACGGGAGGAAAGAGAAAACGAUGGUACCAGGCUUGACCGUAACGAUCGUACCGGCACAGUCUGUUACUCGUUUUCAAGAAAAUAAAAGAGAGUACAAAACGAACGGUCGCGUCGGUACUCGAAAGUCACGGAAGGAAAAAGCACCGAAGCGGGCGUAACACCAAGAGACCGAGAGAGAUUCUCGCGAUCGAAACGAGUCACGGAACUAAUCUCGGCCGUGAAUCCGCAAACGAUCCUCAAACCUGGUGUUGGAACGUAAACGAUUCUACGUACCUGGGCCUCCGCGUUUCUUUUUUUUUUCGAACAACGAGCGGCGAACGUCUCUCCAGUGGAUCAGUGUAUUCGGAGUAAGUCGAUCUCGCGAAUAUACAGUAACGCUUCUUUCCAGGGCGAACGGAGACACACACUCACACACACACACACACACACACACACACACACACACACACACACACACACACACACACACACACACACACACACACACACACACACACACACACACACGCAUACACACACACACACACACGCAUACACACACACUUACACACAUUCAUAACACGUACGCGUUACAAUUUUCUUGACGGGGAAGAGACGUAGCGAUCGAGCUCCUAGCAAAUUACUCUUCAUACGUCCGAUAUAUAGGAGAUCCGAAGGAAACGCGUGCAAAGAUUAACGUUGUUUUCGCGCGAAUGAACGCUAAAUCGAUAGGAUAAAAUACGAAGAAAACUGCACGGGUUUCUGCUGUGUAGAUGACCGAUCCUUCUUGUACCGAUACGAUCCGCGUUGAACGGCUGUCGCGAUGCACGUUUUCUUGAUCCUAACGAAUUUCUUCGCUCGAUGUAUAUAAUCAAACGCAAUGAUGCAAUCGACGUAGUUCAAAUGAAAUCUCAUCUCGACGGAGACGCGUUAUUAUAAGUUUUAUUCUUCGAAGGAGGAACAGUGGACUUUUCUCGGUGGUAAUUGCCGGCGUGUCGCUUCCGACCGUGGCCCGUUGCCACGCGUUAACUUUCGUCCGACAUCCUGCCCUGCAGCUAUCAUCUUUCAUUUUCUUCUCGAUAAACGGAUACGAAGCAGUUGGUAAUUGGAACAAGUUGACGGAGGAAACGACAGCGGAAAGAAAGUUGACGCGAAUUUCGGACAAGGAUGCGACGGUGGAAACGACACGGAUGGUUAUCAGUAUGCAACGUUAUGUGUUCCGCUUAAUAGAUGGUCGUUUUAUACGUAGCAGCACCGUCAGUUGAAACCGUAAGCUCGUAGAUUAACCUCGCACGACGAGUAUCUUUAACGACACGUUUUCGCGUGUUACGCAUUCGUAAGGAAAAAAUAUACACGACACACAGACACACGCGCGCCUGCACGCGCACGUACACGUAGGCACAUACAUACGCGUACACGCAUACCUACGAUAUCACAAAUUUAGUCAUCCGAGAACGAAUCGAUAAAAAUUAAUCGUGGAUUAACCGAUGCGUACCUUCGCGUGCGUUUAGUAACGGGGAAUGAAUAAACAAAAGUAAUUUCCACAUCUAUAUAUACAUAUAUAUAUUUACAUAUAUAUUUAUUUUUUUGGUACUCUUUUUGUAUAUACGUGUCGCCAUAGAUUAGGUGACGUCUAGGAUCCACACGAGGUACGAGAUAUCCGCGUGAGAGAACAGAGCGAAAACCAGGCACGAGAAAAAGAGCGUAGGAGAGAGUGCGAGCAAGAAAACGAGAAACAGAAUGAAAAAUCGAUUGUCUGUACACACGUGUGUAUGUAUGCGUGAUAGAAAGAAGAAAAGUGCAUGAGAGAGAGAAAGAUAGAUAGAUAGAGAGAGAGAGAGAGAGAGAGAGAGAAAGAGGAAAAGAGGGUGGGAAAGGCUGGAGAAACGAGCCACGUUAACGACGAUCAUCUCCGUCCCUUCGUUCACACGAAUUAUCCACGGUGCUCGCAUACACGCGACUUAACUCAACAUUGAAUCUUGUAAACCGAUCGGCUAUUGCGUCAACAUAGGAAAAUAUUCGUGGCGAGCAUUCGUGUUUUACGUUCAUCGAUCUCGUUUGGUAAAACGUUGGCGGACACAGAAGGUAUUUCGACCGUGUCCUAGAUCGGUCGACUGGCAAGAUAGUUGUGAUCGAAGCGAACGGACUCAUUUAUUUCGAGCGACGAUUAACAUCGUUCGAGCCACGCGGAGAACCUUGUCGAGGUCUAAAAAAGCUGAGUGAGAUUUUUGUGAACGAAGGGGCGCGGCGAGUGAACGGCUAGUAAGAAGGAAGGGGAGAAAAUGGGGGGCGAAACAAAAGGACAAAGGAAGGGAAGAGCAAUUAGUUAGCGUAAUUUUGUCGACGCUCGGCACCGUUCUCGCGUGGACGAGGAGCGACGAAACGCGGCGCGAGCAAGCGCUGCGAUUCGCGCGUCUCGGCAGCGUCGCUAUCUCACGGAUAAAUUUAUUAAAAACGCAUAUACCAAACGCAGCGUAUAAGCGUGCAUAUAUGAGGCGGUGCGUCGAGAUGGUUUUCCAAUUGCUUCGAAGAUAAGAGAAACACGUUCGACUCGACGAUUCGCUUGCCCCCCGAUUCGGACGCGCGGUGAACGGCCCGCGGAACGAAACGUUGUCGCGUCUCCUCCGUUUGUUCCUUGACUUUGGAUCGCGUCGCGGUUCGAGAAAACACGCGUGGAAUUCGUUUAUUUUCGUUGAUCGGUAACGAUCGUAACGCUGCCUUUCGUUUAUUACCGCGUACAUCGUGCGUAUUGUUUCCACGAAAGAUUGCUCGGGGAUGAAAGUUGGGAACGCGACGUCGGCCGCGUGCGUCUCUGUACGUGCGUCGAGAUUCGGUCGUAAAUCGAUCGGAGAGACGGGAGAGAGGGCUGGCGAAGAAUUUUCGAGGUCGAGAGAUACCGUUAACGACGGCCUCGAAGGAAUCGGAAAACCUUUGAUCGCGUUAGCGCGGCUACGAAGCUACCGCGGCUCAUAUAUAUAUA